AUCGCCGUUACUGCGGCUCGGGAGCCAGCGGCGGCCCUCAGUGCACGUCCGCCAUCACUGUAAGUUGUGCUGUGCGUGCUGAUGUGGGCCGACGUGCUCUCCGAACUGAGACCGAAUAGGGCCUCAUGCAGAAGACUUUUUUCGACAUAAAACAUAGGUUAUUGAGCGCAUUGGACGAUGAAUACAAUGUUACCGACAUGUCUACAGUGUUCGAGGUUAUUUCAACCCUUGAACAACUACCGGUUACCACGGAGGUGCUCGAGGCAACUCGUAUUGGUAAAAUGGUUAAUGAAUUACGACGUAAAACUUUGGACAAACAGUUGGCCAAACGUGCAAAGGAGCUUGUACAGAGAUGGCGUAACCUAAUGAUAAAUAGUGCUCAAGUCAUACAACAAGCUAAGCUUCCUUCCUCACAGCCCAAUGGCAUGCUUAGCAACCAUAGUAAAAGACCUAUGACUUCACCCGAUCAAUGUACAGCUCCUCUUAAAAAACCAAAAUUAAAUGGAAUGCCUUCUCUGAGCUCAGCCAUUAAGUCACCACCAGUUCAAAAAAUACCAGAACCAGUACCUAGUCCGGUUAGUGAGCUCAACCCAGAACCUGAUCCUAUUUUAGAACUACAGGGCCCCAAAAAACGUGGCCGUAAAAAAGGGGGCAAAAAUUCCUCAAAACUGGGGAUAAAACCUACCAAUCCUGUGGAUUUGGAAAGAAUGGUGAGCGUCGGAGCCAGUAAAUUGAAAACCACCCAAGAAAUAAUUGCAUCAUUACGGAAGGAUGAUGAAAAUUAUCAGUUAGAGGAAAAACCACAAAUACCUGUACAAGAGUUCCAGGACGAACCGUCUAUAACAAAAGUUGAUAAACCUAGUCGACCUAAAGUUGCAGACAUCGACCGUGAAAUACAGGAAAUAUAUAAUAGAUUACCUCCUCUGGACUUAGAAGCCAUAGACUGGAGUUCACCUCCACCAUCACCUCCACGGCCCCCUCUGUCGCCUACUGAUUUGGUAGACAGAGCUCAAAUAGAAGGCGUUACUGGUAAUUGGGAAAACAGUGAAACGUUUAGAGAGUGGCACGAGGUCUUAACUAGGGCAAACGAUACUGGUGAACCGCUUGUCAUACUACCAUACGUGAUAAUUGACUGACAGGGAUUUUUUUCUACUAGACUUUGUGAUAAAGACAUUUCAAGUCUUAACAAUGUAUAUACUAAAAGUAAAUUUUUAAUAAUAAAAGUGUAAAAAUGAAAUAAAAAUAUAAAAUAUAUAAUAUUUACAUAGACAUGUAUCCGACUACAGAAUGUGUCUUAUAAUGUUUUAUGAAACUACUUUGUCUUUAAAUGCUGUAAAAAUUUACUAUGUUUACCCAUAUAUAACUUAUUGGAAAACUAAUAUUGUAAUUCCUAGAUCAAAGUAAUAAUCAUUGUUUUAUUUUUCAAACGGAAAAUUUAAUCUGAUUUGUUAAGCUAGUCAAAAGACCAAGUUUAAUUUAUAAUAUAAUAAAUGUUAUUAUUUGUCUUGUAUUUUUUUUUUUUUUUGUACGUAA